AUGUACAUAAAUAGGGGCCUCGAGCUUGCGCAGACAGCAUCAAGCAAUCGCAAGCCAAGCUACACAAUGCUGCAGGGAGCCUCCUCCUCGCUGUUAGUGCUGCUCGUCGUACUAACAACGAUCACAUACUACCUCGUCCAGAGGUUUAGGCCAAAGAGCCGAUGCUCGUCGUCGGCGGCGCCGCUCCCACCCGGGCCUCAGCCGUGGCCGGUGGUGGGCAACCUGCCCGAGAUGAUACUGAAUAAGCCGGCCGUGUUCAGGUGGAUCCACCUCGUGAUGAAGGAGAUGGGCACUGAUAUCGCCUGCUUCCGGUUCGGCCGCGUCCACGUCAUCUCGGUCACCUGCCCUAAGAUAGCCAUGGAGGUGUUUAAGAAGCAGGACGCCAACUUCGCGUCCCGUCCGCUCACCUUCGCCUCCAGUGCCGCCGGCGGCGGGUACAAGGAGGCCGUGCUCUCGCCCGUGGGCGACCAGUGGAGGAAGAUGCGCAGAAUGCUUGUCUCAGAGGUCGUCUCCCCGUCCCGCCACAGGUGGCUCCACGACAAGCGCGCCGACGAGGCCGACCAUUUCACACGCUACCUCUACAACAAAAUCGCUGGCGGCGGCGCCGCCGUGGACGUCAGGCACGUCGCGCGGCAUUUCACCGGCAACGUCAUCCGUCGGCUCCUCUUUGGUAGCCGGUACUUGGGAGAGCCACAGCCUGACGGCGGGCCGGGGCGGAUGGAGCGGGACCAGAUUGACGCCUCCUUCGCCGUCAUUGCGGGCCUAUUCUCGUUCUGCGUCAGCGACUACCUCCCGUGGCUAGUCGGCUUCGACCUCGACGGCCACGAGAAGAUCGUCAAGGAGGCUAACGCGACGCUGGAUAGGCUUCACGACACGGCCAUCGACGAGCGGUGGAGGCAGUGGAAGACCGGCGAGAAGGAGGAGGUUGAGGACCUCCUCGACGUCCUCGUAACGCACAAAGACGGCGAUGGCAACCCGUUGCUAACCAUUGAGGAGGUCAAAGCACAGACCAAGAUCAUAAUAUUAGCGGCGGUUGACAACCCGUCCAAUGCCGUGGAGUGGGCUCUUGCGGAGAUGGUGAACAACCCCGAGUUACUUCGGAUUGCAGUAGAGGAGAUGGACCGGGUGGUGGGUCGCGAGAGGCUUGUGCAAGAGACAGACAUCCCACGGCUUAACUAUGCCAAGGCGUGCAUCCGCGAGGCAUUCCGUCGGCAUCCCGUUGAUCCAUUCAACUUGCCACAUGUUGCACUUGCUGACACCACCGUUGCCGGCUACCGUGUGCCCAAGGGCAGCCAUGUUCUCAUAAGCCGGGUCGGCUUGGGACGGAACCCAACUGUAUGGGACGAACCACACCUGUUCAAGCCAGAGCGCCACCUAGAAGAUGGCGUGGAAGUGGUGCUCACGGAGAGUGAGAUGCGGUUCAUCUCAUUUGGCAUCGGACGUCGUGGCUGCGUCGCAACAUCGUUGGGGACAGCCAUGACCGUCAUGCUCUUCGCCAGGCUCUUGCAGGGAUUCACUUGGAGCAAACCAUCUGAGGUGACGAGCAUUGAUCUUAGCGAGUCAAAGAACAAUCUAUACAUGGCGAAGCCGCUGGUAUUGCAUGCUGAGCCACGCCUGCCGGUGCACCUCUACAAUCUACAUCCAUACAAAAACAUCCACCAUCAGCCUUCUUGA